AUGCAACUUCAGCGAGAGCUCGAUAGGUUGGGCGGGAAGCACAAGGCAAUCAAGGAUGAACUGGCGAUUGCGAUGACUCUCGCCACCGAAGUGGCGGUCGCGUUAGAGGAGCAGGGCGAAGGAGAGAAAAAUUUGGACGAGGCUAUGCAGUCGUACAUCACCAUGGAAAAGCUGCUUCAAGAUCAUGCCACCAUUAUCGGCGAAGUUCGAAACGUGCUGCGAAAUGAAGAGGGUGAAACAAACUUGGUGGAGCUCAUCGACAGACGACACGCCGAAGCGGCAGAGGAAGAUGCACAGUUCCAGCGACAUCCGCGAUACCGCGAGUUUAGACAGAAAGUCUGGAAGGUGCACCAUCCCGAUGAGGCACUUCCCGAUGAAGCAAACGACGAUCUGGUGGUGAUGGCGACACAGGACGAAAACAACCUCAUGUGCCCCAUCACGCGCAAGCUUCUAGUCGAGCCAGUGAAGAACAAAGAGGCCAUCCUGGCUCACAUGAAAGCCAACAAGCGAAAGGGCACCAAGUGUCCAGUUGCAGGCUGUGCUGCUGAUGUGACCCAACUCGAAGAAGACCGGGAAGUGAGCUACCGAGUGGAGCGCGAGGCCAAGCGAGCCAACAGCAGCAAACGGAAGAGGAAGGCACGAAACGACGACUACACUCAGGUCUAA